AUGGGUGAAGUACUACUACAUUACCCUCUCGCCGCCUUCCUAUCCCUCCUCACGCGUCCUCGCGCCGUCCGUCUCGACGACGUCCCGUCGCCCGAAUUGUCGCCUCCAUCGACGUCGCCCUCGCUAUCUCCCGUCGCGGCCCUCCCCUCAGUUCGCGUCGCCACGCUACCUCUCCCCUCCCCUCCCAUCGCCCUUCCUCUCCCGUCGCCUUUCCUCUCCCGUUGCCCUUCCUCCGUCGCUUUCCUCUCCCACCGCCUUUCCUCUCCCGUUGCCCUUCCUCUCCCGUCGCUUUCCUCUCCUGCCGCCCUUCCUUCUCUCCCGCCGCCCUUCUCUCCCGUUGCCCUUCCUCUCCCGUCGCUUUCCUCUCCCGCCGCCCUUCUUUCUCUCCCGCCGCCCUUCCUUCUCUCCCGUCGCCCUUCGCUCCCGUCGCCUUUCUCUCCCGUUGCCCUUCCUACUCUCCCGUCGCCCUUCCUACUCUUCCGUCGCCCUUCCUACUCUCCCGUCGCCUUUCUCUCCCGUCGCCCUUCCUACUCUCCCGUCGCCCUUCCUCUCUCCCGUCGCCCUUCCUCUCUCCUGUCGCCUAUUCUCUCUCCCGCCGCCCUUCCUUCUUCCCGUCGCCCUUCCUCUCUCCCGUCGCCCUUUCUUUCUCCCGUCUCCUAUCCUCUCUCCCGUCACCCGUCUUCUCUCCCGUCGCCCCUCCCCUCCCGUCUUCCUCUCUUCCGUCGCCCUUCAUCUCUCCCGCCCCAUCACCCACCUCGGCGUCUUCGCGCUCGCCCCGAAAUGCCUGCCCGUCGCCCCGUGAUCGUCGGCCCCUCUCGCUUUUCCCUCGCAGCGUUACUCUCCCCGUCACAUAUGCCGUCGCUUUUUUCGUCGCUCCUCGCGGCACCCUCAUCGCCGCCUUCCCAUCACCCUCGUUGCCCUCACUCUCCCCCCAUCACCCUUUUUCUCUCGGUUUGUAUCACCCCUCUUAUCACCCUCACACUCUCCCCUCACAUCGUCCGUCACCAUCGCGUCACACUUUCUCUCUCCCCUCACAUCACCCUCCUUGUCGCCAUCGCCCUCGCCUCAAAUCGCCCUUCCUCUCUCCCUUCGCAUCACCCACGUCGCCUGGUCGUAGCCCUGUCGCCCCCCAAAUCGUCCCGUCUCCCUUUCGUUCUCCCUCUCGUUCUUCCCGUCGCCCUAGAUGCAGCCGUCGCAAUUUCCUCUCCCACCCACCAUCACCCACCCCAUCGCCUUCCCGCUCGCCACAAAACGCCUUCCCGUCCCCCACCCACUUUCUCCUCCCAUCGCCUGCCUCGUCGCCUUCUCGCUCGCACUCAACCCCCUCCCGUCGCUCUUCCUCUCUCCCUUCCCAUCACCGACCUCGUCGCCCUCAUCGCCCAUUGUAUCCACCCGGUUCAUCACCGACCUCGUCGCCUUCGCUCUUGCUAUGUAAUGCCCUCUCCGCGCCCUUCCUCCCUCCCCUCACAAUCUGUCUUUCCUCCCUGCCUCCCGUUCCUCUCUCCCCUUCCAUCCUGUCGUUCCUCUCUACCCUCCCAUCCCGUCGUUCCUCCUCUCUACCCUCCCAUCCCGUCUUUCUUCCUUUCUCCCCUCCCAUCCCGUUGUUCCUCCUCUCUUCCCUCCUAUCCCGUCGUUCUUCCUCUCUCCCCUCCCAUCCCGUCGUUCCCCCUCUCUCCCCUUCUCUCCCGUCGGCCCCCUUGUCCCCAGUCCCUUCUCUUCGCCGUCGACUAA